AUUCAUGUAGAUGUACAGAAGUUCAUUCGGAAUAUGAGCCUCAAAAGAUUUUUCAUUAGGAAAAAGUCAGAAAAUCCUAGGAAUUUCGAAAAUACCCAAGCCCAUGAACAAAAUCCACUUAAACGUUUUAAACCUCCAUCCACCUUCUGUCCUUAUGACAAAGGAAGUCAACUUGAAGUGUUCAACCAAAUGGUCCUAAGGGAUUUGGAUAGGUUUACCAAAAAGAGAGAAUUUUGCAAUAAUUUAACUAAAAAAGAGAUGGGGAUUUUGAACCAAUUAAAAGAUAGAGACGACAUUAUCAUUAAGAACGCUGACAAGGGGGGAGCUAUAGUGGUUAUGUCGGUGGAAUUUUACUUAGAGGAAGCAUAUGGGAUAUUGGGUGACAAGAACACAUACACCAAACUCCAUGGAAAUCCUAAUCAAGAUUUUAAGGGCGCAUUAGAGAUAAUGUUAAAAAGUGCCCUUAAGGAUGAUAUCAUUGAUCUACAGGUAUAUACAUUCUUGUAUCAUGAAUCUCCAAGAAUUCCCAAGAAUGCUUUCUCUAUCCAACGGAUCCUAAAGAAACAUUGGUCCAUCCUACAACAGGAUGAGUACCUAGGACCAGAACUGCCAGAUAGACCUCAAGCCAUAUAUAGAAAGGGAAGAAACUUUGCUUCCUAUUUAACUUCUAGUCUGUUUACACAAAAGAGAGGACGGAGUUACACCAGAAAAGGUUUUUACACUUGCGGACACUGUAAG